AUGAGUCUCCAACUUUCACAUCACGACAAAAGUGAUCUGGGCGAGUCCUUCGCGAGAAUCUCCACACCUUCACCUCUACCCGAGCGCGACUUCCAUCGAAACGAUGAGCCUACUCCACAAACCGUCGAGGAAGUCAAGACUCUGCUCAAGCUCGUUGGCCCCGUCAUGAUCACGACGUUCUUGGAGUUUCUACCGGGCUUUAUGUCGAUCAUCCUCGCCGGCAACAUCGAUUCGCCAUUGUCGCAGCAUUACAUCGACGCCGCAACCUUCUCCAUCAUAUUGCUGAACAUCACCUCGCUUUCAGUCGGAUUGGGCCUCGCCUCGGCGUUGGAUACGCUUUCUUCGCAAGCCUACGGGGCCAAACGCUUUGAGAAGAUUGGCGUCUACUUCCAGACCGGAGUCGUGGUCCUCACUGUAAUCCACGUGCCGAUGCUCUUUAUCAACUCCUUCACCGAGCCCAUUCUGAAGGGGCUGGGCCAGGACGCCGAGGUCGCGCACUUGGCUGGACAAUUCUCUCGCUGGAUGCUGCCUGGUGUGCCGUGUCUUUUCCUCUACGAGCUCCUGCGCAAGCGAUCGGGAACGUCGUCAAUGUCGCUGCGGGGUACGGCCUGGCCUACCGGCUUCAAUGGCAUCGCUAUGGGCCGGAGUCUGGGCAACUUUGUUCUGCCGCUGCUGCUGGUGCCGUAUUUCAUGUGGAGACCGCACCACUUGAGGCAGUGGUGGUGUCAACCCUGGGAUCUCAAGGCUGCCAUGGGCUACGUCGGCCUCUUCUUGCGCCUUGGAGUCCCAGGGAUGCUCAUGCUUGCGAUGGAUAUGUGGGCGUUUGAGGCGCUCUCCAUCCUCGCUGGCUUGUUACCGGACAGCGUUGUUGCUGUCGCGGCUCAUUCCGUCCUGGUCAAUGUCGAUCUGCUCGUGUACACAACGUUUGCGGGUCUGUCCGUCGCUGCCAACAUUCGAGUUGGAAAUUGUCUUGGAGCUGACAAGCCGAAAACUGCCAAGUUGGCUCGCACCGUCGCGCUUACCAUCACGUUGGCUCUGACGCUGUUCUUCACGGGGCUCAUCUUCGGGCUAAGUGAUUAUAUCCCGCUGCUUUUCCUCGACAAAGGCAAAAGUGCCGACCUGGCUUCUCAUGUGAUGGCGAUCAUUUCACCCCAGAAGAUCGUGGAUGGACUGAAUGCUGUGACCCAAGGCGUGUUUCGAGGUGCGGGCAAGCAACGCGAUGCUGCCAUUGCCAACGCGGUGGCGUACUACAUCUUCGGUGUUCCGUUCGGUGCACUGUUAGCUCUCCAGUGUGACCUCGGCGUCAUAGGCCUAUGGAUUGGCAUGACCUUGGGAAAUUUCCUGGCCUUAAGCACGAUGGCUGUGCUCAUGAAGCGCUACUGGGAUUGGGACUGCAUAGCGGACGACGCGCGAGCUCGUACCAAUCUCUAA